AAUGAUAAGUUACAUGUUUAAAUUACAUCCGUUUCUGCGUGAUUUAGUGUCUUAGUAGUGUGCUCCAAAUUGUGUAAUUAGUGAUUAGUUCCAAAGACUGGUAGGAACCAUGUAAUUUGUUCCUAGCUGAUUAUCUACACGACAGGCUUGGAGAAUUACAUGUCUUUGUAUAGUAGAAAUUGACCUUUUGUAUUAAAUUAUGUAUAAAGACGGUAUAAUAUAAAUAAUGUAUAAAGUAAUAGAAUAUAUCUAUGCUCGCACAUGUACAUAAUAAAUUAGCAAUACAUUAGUUCCAACUGUUUUUCUAAAUAUAUUUAAGUAAACAUAUAUAUAUCCAACUUUGGAACACAAAGAUGAAUGGUUAUCAAAUAAGACAGAUAAUUCGAAUUAUCGAUAAGACCAUUGGAUUGAAAGCCGUAAGUAAUCCAUUUGUUUCAAGUAGCUAUAUAUUAUGUUACGUUUUUGAUAGUCAUCUAGACAAUUAUAGAGUGUAAAGCACGACGCGGUCAGUGACUUUAAUUUAGGUCAAAAUGUUCAUGUUUGGUCGGCGCGUAUCCUUGGACCUGGCACUUCUGAUAUGGGGCUGGGGAUCGUGGCUCGGAGUCAAUGGUAUCUUUGUGCAAUUGCCGCAGCUCGUCCAGAGAUUGCCUGAACAAUGGGCCCUAGGAUCAUCAGUCACGGUGGCAGUGCAAAUCGCAAACAGCGGUAUUCUCAUCUAUGCCUUAGUAAGGAGAUUUCUGCCGAAGAUCACUGACGCUAUGUUUAUCUACGGGCUGCUGACCGUCGGCACAACAGCUCUCUUCCUGAACGCGUUUCUAUAUACAGAAACUGCCUACGUCGGUUCUACAGAGAGAUCAGUGACAUUUAUAGUUCUUACUGUUUUCACUGCUAUGGUGGGAACCACCAGUUCCGUGGUGUUUUAUCCGUACAUGAGAAACUUUCGUGAAAUGUACCUAUCUACGUACCUGGUUGGUGAGGGCUUCGGUGGGCUGCUCCCGGCGAUUCUUUCGCUCAUACAGGGUAUUGGAGGGCCACCAGAAUGCCGACUGUCACCGGAUGGCAACUCGAUGGAGGCCAUUUACCCAUCUGCCCGUUUUGAUUCAACAGUGUUCUUGUGUAUAGUGGCGUCUAUAUGUGCCACAAGUAUUAUCAGUUUCUUCUUCCUUAACAAUUAUUCUGGUUUUGACGACGAAAGAGUAUCCCAGGAUGAAAAAAAAGAACUGGCUAAGGAAAACACUGAAGUCGCUGAAGAAGCUCAAAUACAAGUAUCGCAAGAGUCUAUGCUGAACUCGUACUGGAUGGGGUUGUUUAUUCUGAUGGCUGUUAUAAACAUGUUCUUUAACGGUUUGAUGCCAUCGCUGCAAACAUAUUCGUGUUUGCCGUACGGGAGACGUGCGUUUCACCUGGCCGUGACCCUGGGUACCAUAGCAAAUCCGGUUGCAUGUCUUGCGGGAGUGUGGUUUAAGAUGGCGGGUGGACGUUACAUUGCAGCAAUGCUGGUGGUCAGCGCAGGGCUGACUGCCUACAUAACUGCUACCGCCGUCAUGUCCCCUACACCGCCUCUCUACCAGGAGACUAGUGGUGCUGUAAUUAUUGUAAUCGUAUGGGUGGUUGCCAACGCGCUGAUUUCGUACUCGCGUAUGUGGAUAUAUAGCAAGGCCCGGGAGGGUGGCACCAAGCCUAUGCGGGUCCUUGGUACUAUUGGCCAGCUCGGAUCAGCGUUGGGCUCCUUCACUCUGUUUUGGGUCGUCAACUUUGGCAACUUCUUCGAGCAGGCACAGGACUGUCCCAUGCCAACAUAACAUUCCCACGUAUCGCGAGAAUAUAAUCUACGUUUAGCUGUCAAGACUUUUCUAUUAAUUAGUUUGUUAGAAAGGUCUGUAAUUCUAUGCCAUUAUAGGAUUUUAAUGAUCUGUGUAAUAUAUUUCAAUAAGUAUAUUUAUAAUAACUACAUGAAUACCUAGACAAAUAUUAUUUAUGAUACAUUUGAGUAAUUAUAAUUUGUUGUAAUAGGAUUUUUACUGUCAUAUCAAGUAGAAAUUUAAAUAGGAAAAGUC